CGAAGUUUUAGAUAAUGGGGAGAAUUAGACCAGCAUUCUCAUCACCUGCUUGUUAGAAAUUCAGAAACUGACGAAAGCUGGAGAGUAUGGGGCUAACGGGGUACUGUUUGCUUAAGCAAUGGAAUAACUUGGGUGCGUAGAAAGUGCUUUGAAACCGAGUUUCUAGAUUAAUAAAAUUUCAUUAAAUAACUUAAUUGCAAAUUAUUGUCUAGUUAGGUAUGUUUAUGCAUCCGCUUGCUUAUUGCCACAUGUAAACCAUAACUUGUCCUGAAUUUGUGAGCGUCGAUACUCCAUAGUUUUUAUUUUACUCUUUAAGGGAAAGAUAAGCAAUCGAUAAAGGUAAUUUUUUGGGUCUAUGAUGAGCCGGCAUGUAUUCUGAAUCUAAAGUUGAUUACGACUACUUUAGCUCUAGAAUUACUCUGAGACCUGAAAAAUAACCUGAGUCAUUGCAAGAGCUUCAAGUUCCGAUGUGUAUUGAAUGUGUCCUGGGGUCAGACAUUAAAAGGUAAACGUUUAUGAAAUCACUGCUUUUAUUUUGAAAGGGCACACCACAGAAGGAUGUUACCAUCAAGCCAGAUGCGCCUGACACCCUCUUACUGGAGAAGCAUGCAGAUUAUAUUGCAUCCUAUGGCUCAAAGAAAGAUGAUUAUGAGUACUGUAUGUCUGAGUACUUGAGAAUGAGUGGCGUCUAUUGGGGUCUGACUGUAAUGGAUCUCAUGGGACAACUGAAUCGCAUGAAUAAAGAAGAAAUUCUGGCAUUUAUUAAGUCAUGUCAACACGAGUGUGGUGGAAUAAGUGCUAGUAUUGGACAUGAUCCUCAUCUUUUGUACACUCUGAGUGCUGUCCAGAUUCUUACUCUGUAUGAUAGUAUUAAUGUUAUUGACGUAAAUAAAGUUGUGGAAUAUGUUCAGAGUCUACAGAAAGAAGAUGGUUCUUUUGCUGGAGAUAUUUGGGGAGAAAUUGAUACAAGAUUCUCUUUUUGUGCUGUGGCAACUUUGGCUCUAUUGAUCUAUUGUUGCACAGGAUUCCUGGCUAUUACUAAUCAGUUGCACCAAGUAAACUCUGAUUUACUUGGGUGGUGGCUUUGUGAACGACAGCUACCUUCAGGUGGACUGAAUGGAAGGCCAGAGAAGUUACCAGAUGUAUGCUAUUCAUGGUGGGUGUUGGCUUCCCUAAAGAUAAUAGGAAGGCUUCAUUGGAUUGAUCGAGAGAAACUGCGCAGUUUCAUCUUAGCAUGUCAAGAUGAAGAAACUGGAGGAUUUGCAGACAGGCCAGGAGAUAUGGCAAAUCCUUUUCAUACUUUAUUUGGAAUUGCCGGAUUGUCACUUUUGGGAGAAGAACAAAUUAAACCUGUUAAUCCUGUUUUUUGCAUGCCUGAAGAAGUACUUCGGAGAAUGAAUAUUCAGCCAGAACUAGUGAGCUAGAUUCAUUGAUGCAAAGUUGCUUAGUAUAAUUUUGUCAUCCUAAAAUUUCUGUUUUGAAGUGCUUGUCAUACUUAAAAAUGACUGUUAAUAUUUUGUAUAUGAGUUGUGAUUGUGAUAAUUUUAAUAAAUUAUAUAAGUAUACAUAUUGUAAAAUAAAGGCCUGUCUUCAGCUUUUGCUUUUCUUAUAGAAUGCUGUCAUUCUGAAUACAAUAUUUUGUUUACACUUCAAUGUAUUUAAAUUUCCCUAAGAGUAAGAACUCUAGUUAAUGAAGUCUUGUAUUUGACUUGAUUUCCCCAUGUGCUUCCUCCAUGUUAUGUAAUGAUAGUUCAUGUAAAUUGGUCUAUGUCAAUGAAAUUGUUAACUGAUGAUAAAUAUUGAUAUGCCCCACAUGAAUUAAAAGAUGCACAAAGUGAAAUAAACUUGAAAUUUGGAAGUUA